GACAAGUCUAAAAUGCUGACUUGGUUCUUACAAAAAAGUUUUUUCUGUGCCCUGUUUUGGUGAUAAAUAGGCCCUAGAUCUACCAGAAAAUAAGACUUUUAUACUAUAAAAAUAAUAUGACUAUUCCCGAAAUUGAAGAUCUGAAAAGCGAGUCAAUAAAAUGCUGUGCUCGGUUUUGGAAAAGAUUAAGGUUGACCGGGGCCAGCGCUUGUUGUUUUCGAUCUCGAAAGAGAAAAAGAUGGUUCGUGGUUUUCCUGAUAAUAGUCACGUCUUUUGUAACUAUGUAUUUGAACCACAAACUGUCAGAAACUAAAGAGUUAAAGGUGUCACGUAUGGUUACUAGAAAUAGAAAUAGACGAAAGAUACGCGUAGCCCUGACUCAAGAGGACUUAGACGUCUUCUCCAACACGAUCCAGCUGAACUACACGGUGGUAGAGAACAGCUUCUUCAACAAGAAACUCUUCCAGGCGGAGAUACGUCUCACUAACACUGGGGACCGAGCUUUCCCGAAGGCAGGAUGGGAGAUCUUUUUUUCUCAGCCAAGCCUUAUAGAACCGGACCGAUUCCCCUACCCUGACGGUGUGGAGAUGCCCAAGUAUGGCGUCCGCUUCUUCUUCAUACAAGGCCACGUCUACCGCAUUGUUCCCACCCCACUAUUUAAGGGUAUCAAACCAGGGAAGUUCAGGGUCAUCAGGUACAUCAGUGAGCACUCUAACGCAGCGAGGACGGACGUGCACCCGAACUGCGUACGAGCUGCGAGUUGACCCCAACACCAACAUCAUCAUCAUCCGGGCCUCACAGCCGGCCGGGGCCUUUUACGCCAUACAGACGCUCAUCAGCCUGGCAGACAGACAGGGAAACGUGCCAACUACAGUUAUCCGUGACGGCCCAAGGUAUCGCUACAGAGGCCUCAUGUUGGACGUAGCAAGGAGUUUUUACACUAAGGAGAACGUCUUCAGUAUAUUUUUGCCUGGAACAACGUCUGGGAAUGGGGAGUAGCAAGGAGGGCCUACGACUUUGCCAAUAACGGCUACAAGGUGAUAGUGACACCAGCCACUAACUUCUAUUUUGACCACCCGUACGAGCCUGACCCGGAGGAGAGGGGUUUGUACUGGGCCACACGCUACACAAACACCAAGAAAGUGUUCAAGGGACCAGGCGGCAGAGAGAGACUGGGUGAGGUUCGCCAACACCGUGGGUCACAGAGAGCUGGCCCGUCUUGACAGAGUAGGCUUCAAGUACAGGAUACCCCCACCGGGGGCUGUUGUCACAGAUGAAGUCAUGAAAGUCUCGACAGCCUUCCCCGGCCUGCAGGUGGAGAUGUCAGAUGAUAACGGACUCACCUGGUCCGUGGUUGACCCUGAGGGAGAGACAAUUGACCCAGAGAAAGAUUACAUACUGAGAACAAAGGCUGCUUUUGGGACACGGUACAGCAGGGUCGUGAACCUAAGAGACAAUGUCAGCUCUGCCUUCACCACAGUUGCCUCUCGUAUCAUGAUCAUCAUUGGUUUAGCUAUCGCCCUGUCCUCCUACCAGUGGUCACUUUCUCUCUUGUAGUUCUACAUAAAUGUGUACAUUAUCAUGAUCAUCAUCAUAUUAUUUUUUUAUUCGCUUACGGUACAGUUAUAAUGUUGGUUACAUCGCCAUUUAAUUAAUCCUUGCACAGUAAUUUGUCAUCGCCAUAAUUUUACAACUCUGCAUUAAAAAUACUACUGAUACAUUC